AUGACUACUGUCACCGAGACUGCGCCUUUGGCUGUAAUCAAUGAUUCCGCUGAUUCUCAAGAGCAUUGGAAUAACUGGCCAAAUGCAAAGGGAUUCGAUCCUGAAUACGAGGAACGCACGCCCGUGGAGCUCGCAGUGACUGGAAAGAUUCCUGCAUACGCCGCCGGUACUUUGUAUCGCACUGGCCCAGGCAAAAGCCAAGUCGAAACCGAAGAAGGCCAGACUUUCCAAAUCUCGCACUGGUUCGAUGGAUUUAGCCAAACGCAUCGCUUCCAAAUCAUUGACUCGGGUGAAACCGAGCCCACUCGAGUACUAUACAAUUCUCGCUUCGCAACCGACGAGCUGAUUGAAUAUAUACGAAAAACCGGAUCUGUGGCCAGAUUAGCCUUUGGCCAAAAGCGCGAUCCAUGCAAGAGUGUUUUCAACAAGGUUCAAAGUGAAUUUGAACCACCAAGUGGCCCCUCGGGCUCCAACAUUGGUGUCACUCUUUCAGUCAAUAUGCCCGGUCUUGAUGUCCAGCCAGAUGCAGAGUCAUCAGAACGCUGGGGAACCGCCAAGGGUAUUCGCACCCUGUACGCAAAGACCGACUACAAUAAGUUCAAGAAGUUGGACCCGGAGACUCUUGAGCCGAUCGGUCUCGCUUCCCAGGAAUCUCUCCAUCCUGAGCUGACCGGGCCAUUGGCAGCAUCACAUGCUCGAUCGGACCCUAAGACCGGCGACAUGUUCAACUUCAACCUUGAACUUGGCAAAACUUGUACAUACCGCGUCUUUGGCGUCUCUGCUUCAACGGGCAAAACUACCAUACUCGCUACUUUCCCUGGAACGCCUGCAUACCUUCACUCACUGCUCAUCACAGAAGACUACGUUUUGCUCUGUGUAUGGAACUCUCACGUGAACCCAUUGGCCCUCAAAGACGGUUCCUUCAUGGACUCGAUCCUCCCAACCGAUCCCUCUCAGCCGGCAACCUGGUACGUCGUGGACAGAAAGAACGGAAACGGCUUGGUUGCCACGUACGAAAGCCCAGCCUUCUUUUGCUUCCACACAAUCAACUCCUGGCAGGAACCGUCAAAGGAAGACCCAACGAAGAUAGAUAUUGUCGCGGACUUGGUCAGGAUGGAUAGUACUGAGUUCCUCUCCUCCCUCUAUUAUGACAACUUGAUCUCUUCACGAUCCAGUGCGAAGGAAUUCGCCGGAAAAAGAGGAGAUGUCCUGCGUUCGACCGUUACUCGCUUUCGCCUUCCGGCACUACCAUCCUCUCCAAGCUCUGAUAUCCGCAAGGCUACUCUUGAAUGGUCUGCUUGCAAGUCCUUCUCCCCCGAACUGCCUACUAUGAACCCAGCGUUUGUGACCGAGAAGCACCGCUACGUCUAUGCUACUACUUUCCGGGGAGAAGCUACUUUGACCGAUGGUAUCAUGAAGUUCGAUUGUGAGACUCAGGAAACUCGCUUGUGGGCGCAGCAUGGCCACUCACCCGGUGAGGCGAUCUUUGUUGCUAACCCCGAGGGUGUGAGCGAAGAUGACGGCGUGCUUCUGAGUGUUGUUCUUGAUGGUCUGGCCGGUAACAGUUAUCUGCUGUGUCUUGAUGCUCGCAACCUCACUGAGCUUGGUCGAGCACAUGUCAAGGGCGUUGUUGGCUUUGGGUUCCAUGGACAGCAUGUUCCCACUAUAGGUUUACCGACUGGUGAUUAUUAG